UAUUAACCUGAAAUACUUUUAAAGUCUAAACUUCAUUAUCACUGAACAUUGUUUGAGAAAAAAAGCAUAAACAACCAGUCUUAUAAGACCUCCACAACAUGAGGAAAUGGAAUAGUGGGGUGCACGAACACAAGUUUGUCCCUUGGAAUUCUAUAUAAAUAAAUCUGAUACGUAAGAUGUCUGAGACCAUUGUUGAUGAGUACUCGUCUCCCAUUUCUGUUGAAAGGCUAUGGAGGGCAGGCAUUUGUGAUUUCAAGAACCUCAUGCCUAAGCUGCUUCCCCAGGUUUUAACAAGCAUUGAAUUUCUUGGAGGAGAUGGUGGAGUUGGCACCAUUCAACAAUAUAAAUUUAUAAAAGCUAAUGAGCAAUUUGGUGAUGUUAAGGAUCGAAUUGAAGUAAUAGACCAUAAGAACCAUAUAUUUAAGUACUCUGUCAUUGAAGGUGGUCUUGUUGGUCUUAAAUUGAAGUCUUUUGUGGCUGAGAUUACCCUCAAUUCUAGUAGAGAAGGAGGCUGCUUGGCCAAGAUGAAAAUUGAGUACGAAUCAUUGGAAGACAGCUUACUGUCCGAAGAAGAAAUUACACGCAUAAAAGAUGGGAAUUUGGCAAUUAUGAAGGCCACCGAGGGGUACCUUCUGGCAAAUCCGGAUGCUUAUGCAUAAAAUUUUACCAAUAAACAAAAUGUGCUUAAAUAGGCUCCAAUGACUAUGUAUUGUAUUUUGUACUGAACAGCAUAAACAUUUUAUUGUCUGA